CCAACCCCGCAGGAAAUCACAGCACCCGAGCUCUCUAAGCUAUUGGCCUGCCCAAACUUGUCUACAGCCGGACCACGUCCUCAAAUGCGCGUCGUUCUCGUCGAAAACAUCCAGCCUCAAAUACUGAUCAUCCUUGGUCGGAUCCUCAAGGUGGACCCGGUAUUUUUCGCAGGCCACGUCAACACCGACUUUCAAGACAUCGAAAAGGCGCCCCUUCCGCCCUCCCUUGCCUUUUUUCCAUCGCAACUUGCCGAAAAUGGGUUUUUGUAUGUCCAUUAUCAGCAGGUGGUCGACCUAGGCAAUUCGUCGACGUUCGAUGCCUUGCCGUACGCUCUCAAGACGGACUCGAGCCCCCCACGUAACGUCCGCCGACUGCCUCCCCUGUCGGGAAGACAACUUGCUUUUGCGCGGGGAUGUUGCUCCAUGUUAUCGCGAAGGAUGAGCGACGGCUUGUGGAUUUGCCUCAUUCUAGUUGAUCCCCCAGUUAAUUCGGUCAUCGCCACUGUAAAUGCGGGAAAUAUAACAAAGCAUCCAAGCAAGCCUCUACAUGGUGGCUUCGAAGACUUCAUACAGCCGGCACCCUUCUCAUCCUUCGAAUCGGCCACCGGAAACAUCGAUUAUAGCUUGCAGGAUCCUCCCCACCAGAGGUCCAUGCUCGGCAGCCUCGUCCACUACUUCGUCAACCACCGCCGGCUGCAGGGGUUUUCCGCCAAUGCCAUGCCAUCGAGCGUCCUUACAAUAGGCUACUACCCGGUCCGCAUCGCGCUGGCCGAGUGGGUUUUCUACACUCACCUGGCCAGCCGAUAUGUCAAAUUCUAUAAGUAUACCCUGCGGGACGUCCACACUCGGCUGCACGACAGCGACAUUGUCGAUCUCCAGCGCUGGCGGCGACGGUGCAAGCAGAGCCAACACAAGCUCGUCCUCCUCGCCGAGUUCGUCCACCACUGGCUUCCUCGCAAGCAGCAAGAGCAGCGGCUAGGGGACGACAAUGAUAUCGACAAGCAGCUGCAGCCUUGGGACCUGGUUCUCAAGGAUAUCGGCUUUUUGCAAUCGCAGCUCAAGGACCACAGCCACUCGCUGGAACAAACGAUCCCUGUGGCGACGGCUAUGGUACAGCUGCUCGAUUCGCGGCAGUCGAUCGCCCAGUCGGCCAACGUCACGCGGCUAACCUAUAUCGCCCUCGUUUUCGUGCCGCUUUCCUGGGUCGCGGGCCUGUUCAGCAUGUCUGAGAGGUACUCGCCAGGCGGGAACGGCGAAUUCUGGGUGUACUGGGCCACGGCGCUGCCGCUACUCCUGGUGGUACUGCUUCUGUCUGCUUUCUCACGGAUGCAAAGGCCGCUGGAAAGCCUUAACGGCUUGUGGGAGAGCGCUUUGAAAAGGUAGCAUGUUGGGGCGCGAGCUAAGGAUGAAUCAAAGUUGGCGAACAUUUAACGCAUCCAAGCAACUGUAAACUUACGCCAGCCCAGAUCGACCCGCCAUAUCCACGAUGGUGCAGAAGGGC